AGAGAGACAGAUGAAGAGAGAGAGAGAGAGAGAGAGAGGGGUUGGUGAAGGAUCAGCUGAGUCUUAGCACAGAGAUCUUCAGUCAAUGACAGCGCUCACGUUCUCCUCUUGAAGAUGCUUGUGCUGGUCGGUGUGUGCGCGCUGCUGAUCGCUGGAGCUUCUGCCCGCAACGACAACGGCAAUUUUUUGGACGACAAAUGGUUGACCGGGAGAUGGGACAAAUUCAGAGAUGAACCAGGAACAUGGAGUCCAGGAAAACCAUUUGAUCAAGCUCUGGACCCUGCCAAAGAUCCGUGCCUCAAGAUAAAAUGUGGCCGCCAUAAAGUGUGUGUGGCUGAAGAUUACCAAACACCCACUUGUGUUAGUCAACGCAGAAUGAGUAUUAAGGACACGAAUUUGAACUCACCACUGCUGAAAUGCAAAAGAUGUCCAGUUGUGCACCCUUCACCUGUUUGUGGAACAGAUGGACACACUUACUCCACCAAGUGUAAAGUAGAAUAUCAAGCUUGCAUCUCUGGGAAGCAGAUUUCUGUGAAGUGUCCAGGACAGUGUCCCUGCCCUUCAGGAAAUCCAGCAGAGAAGAGAGAGUGUGGUAAUGCGGAGAUUACUGAAGUGGUUAGCAGAUUACGAGAGUGGAUCACAGUUCUUCAUGAGAGUGGCAAUCCCAGCAAGAAAUUAAAGUUCCAGAAGCCAGAGAAGAUGGUGGACACGAGUAAGGUGCCUCUCUGUAAGGACUCUCUGGGCUGGAUGUUCUCCAGACUGGACACAAACUUUGACCUUCAGCUCGAUCAGUCAGAGCUGUCCAGCCUGAGCUCAGAGAAGAGUGAUGUGUGCACUAAAGCCUUCUUCAGGUCAUGUGACACAGACAGAGACAGGCUCGUUUCCAGCCAAGAGUGGUGUUCCUGCUUUCAGAGAUAUCAAGAGGCUCCCUGCCAAUCAGAGAUCACCAGCAUCCACAAACAGCAAGCCGGGAAGAAACUACUGGGUCCGUACACCCCCUCCUGUGAUGAGGAUGGCUUCUAUAGGCCUCAGCAGUGUCACAGAAGCAGGGGUCAGUGCUGGUGUGUGGAUCGCAAUGGAAAUGAGAUUGCGGGGUCUCGUACCCAUGGGCCUGCUGACUGUGGUAAGAGGGCUGUGGAGUCUUCUGGAGAUUUUGGCAGCGGUGAUGCUCUGCUCUCAGAUGAUGAGGAUGGUGAUGUUUUAAAUGAUGAAGAUGAGAUGGGAGAUGAUGAUGAUGAAUAUGAACAAGUUGAUGAUGAGUAUGGGUACCUGUCAUAAUCCGUUUUCCGCUGUCUUUUUUUAAAUAUAUAUAUAAUUAUUUUAAGACAUUUAAAAACAAGGAACCAAAUAAUAAAACAAAUAAAAUAAACAGACUUUGAUUUGGUUGUAAAGCAGGUUUCUAGGUGACCUCAGCAGAGUGCAGUACUAACAAUACUUAAGAGUUCAUCUACCCCUGUGCUGUAUAACAUUUGAGCAAAAUUAAUACCAGUACUCAAUAGCCACCUUUCAUUUUUAUUACAUUUCUAAUAUCCAUCCAAAGCAAAUAAGUAUAUUGACAGAACUAGAAGAUUAUUGAGGGUUAAAUGUUUGCACUUAUAAACAUGCGUAUGAAAUACAUGUGAACACAGCUGAUGUCAUGAGGACUUCACAUCUUCUAGAAUGUGAU